GUGUUGUUUAAAAAAUAUUUUCCGAAAAUGUCAUCAAACUUCAAAUCCAAUACAAAAAUUUAUACAAUAAAAAAAUUUAACCAAAGGACUGCAAACAUAUGAAAUGUAAAAAAAAUGUAAUAAAAAAAAAUUGUACUACAACAAUAUUACAAUGUCCCAGUAAAUCAAUACAAAGUUUCCAAUCACCUUGAAAUACAGUUCAAUAAUGUGGAAAUAAAAUUACAUUGCAAUGAAUUCACUCAUGACAAAAGAGGAAAGUUACGCGGAACGGAGAAAGCUUUUUAAAAACAUUUGGGAGACUUCGAUGAACGUGGAUGAGAAAGAAGAUAUUUUGACCAAACCUAAGGUCAUCAAAACAUUACGGCUCGAUGAAUUAGACCGAAUUGGUGGAAAGAAGAAAAAACAAAAAAUUAAGAAUCUAAGAAACGUAUGUAACAAACUGUUAGAUUUCUGCGAUCGUCAAGAUGCAGACGAUUUGUUCUAUGCACAGAUGGCAACCCAGAACAAAGAACAACCGAAGAUAGAAAUCGAAACCAGUGGAAAGAAGAAGAAAGUAAUUAAAGUUAAAAGAAAAAUUAAAAAGGCCAAAAGUAUGUUUUCGCACAACAAUGAAAUGUCUUUAGCGCGGGCAACUACCUCGGAAAGAAAGGAUGACCUGAUAAAAUUCAAGACAGCCUCAAGAUAUACAUCGCCAUUAAAAUUUAAAAGAUUAUCUGAAGGUGUUGAUUCAAAAACAACUAAAAACAGAAGAACUCCUCGUGUGACUAUAAAUAAUAACAUAUCCGGGGAUAGAAACGUACGGAAGAAAACAGUCCAUAAGAAACGCAGUAAAAAAAUUAUCCCAUCAAUUCAAUUGAUACCUACAGUUAUUCCAUUUCAGGUCCUAAUAACCGUUACACACAUUUCGCCAAAUCUUUCAAACAUUCAACCACAAAGCAACCUCUUCAAAUAAAUAAAUUAACAAUUGGUUAAAACAGUCGAAUAUUUAAGUUUGCCAAAUUAAAAAUAUAAUAAAAACAAAUUAAUAAAUUCU